UCGAACAAGACAUUUUCACUUCCACAGCCAGGUCAUAAGCAGACCCGAGGUUCGGUCAACUUCAGGGCCCCACCAAACCUAUAGGCUCGGAUACCAAACCUCAGAGGAUAAAUUUCCCGCUCAUUCACACUCCUAUAGUCCUGCUUUGCUUAGUUCAGUGGAGAAAGGGGGAGAAAUUGAGGCACUAUAAAUUGAAGUUCCUCUCUUGUUCUAUUGUGUUUGAUACAUUCACUAAACUCAGAUUAAGCUAAUCUUCUUGAUUAAUCUUGUAAAUUUCUUAUGGGAAGAUCUUGGCUUAUUGAUGGCAGAGGACUUGCGAGUAAAGUUAAAAAUGCUGGUGCCCCUGCUGCACUUCAAAUCAAAGAUUGCGGGGCAAAGCGGCAAUGCCCAAACUGCCAUUACUGUAUUGAUAACAAUGAUGUUUCUCCUGAAUGGCCUGGUCUACCCGUUGGUGUGAAAUUUGAUCCAUCUGAUGCAGAGCUCGUGGAGCAUUUACAAGCAAAGUGCGGGAUGGAAAAUUCUGAGCAACACAAAUUCAUUGAUGAGUUCAUCCCCACCCUUGAUGUUUACGAAGGGAUUUGCUAUACUCAUCCUGAAAAACUUCCUGGUGCCAAAAAGGAUGGAAGUAGCAUUCACUUCUUUUAUCGCAUUACUAAUGCAUAUGCAACUGGUAAACGGAAGCGUAGAAAGAUUCAUGAUGAAAAUAAUUUGAUGAACGAACAUGUCCGCUGGCACAAGACAGGAAAGACCAAGAUUAUUGUGGAGAAUGGGCUCCAAAAGGGAUGUAAGAAGGUCAUGGUUCUCUAUCAAACUACUAAGAAAGGAUCAAAGCAGGAAAAGACUAAUUGGGUCAUGCAUCAGUACCAUUUGGGCACCGAUGAGGAGGAAAAAGAAGGUGAAUAUGUGGUUUCAAAAAUAUUUUACCAGCAGCAGAAGCAAUCCGUCAAGGCCAAUGAUUCUCUUGACAAUGAAGAAGCCAGUGUGGGAGCGAAUCAAACUGGGCCUACAACUCCAAAGACUGUUAUACCCGAUCCCCCUCGAGCUGGAGAAACCCCUUCCUGUGAUGAUAUUGUGGAUGACCCUUUUCCCUCCUCACCUUAUCAGGAAGUGGAAGUUGCCAACGAACCAGGGCAGACUUCUGAUGCUAAAAUUAAAUGUGAAAUGGAGUACUCCACCUGCUUGGCUGGUGAAUCGCAAGCAGCAGAUGAUGUUGAUAUUUCUCUGUUGUGUGAUGAACCUAAUAAUUAUUCAUUUCUCGAUAGUCUUGGUCCUUCUUCGGACUACACUCAUAACCCUUGCCAUUUACCACAAGGAAAUGGUAGCACAACCUGCGGAAUUCCAGAGUUGGAUAACUUGGAAUUGGAUACUCCUCCAGACUUUCAACUUUCAGAUUUGCCGUUUGGUUCUCAAGAGAAUAUCUUUAGUUGGUUGGAUCGGCUAUAGCGUUAAUGGCAGUGAGAUAAUGCUUUGUGCAUUCUGAGAUGGAGAGUAUAUUUCAACAAGAUUGUGCUCUUGAAUUCAGUCCUACAACCCUCAGAAGAAAAAGUUUCUGGAGAAAAGAGGAAAAAGAAAAACGAGUUGAAGGAGUUGUUGCAAGAAUCAUCAGUAUUUGGGAAUUGGAAUUGUUAAAAGGCAUAGUGAGCCUACUGACGUGGCUCAAAUUUUGAUUUGUUCUGAUGUGUGUUGUUAAGACUUUCUCAUAUCCUUUGUGUUCUAUUCAAGCAUGUUCUGACCCCCAAAUACUUUGGGAAGUUUCUAGCUUGGAGUACUAGUUUUAUUUUAACUACAAGUGUGGAUUGCUUUCUAAUGCCUCUUUCGUUGUGUCUGAUUCCAUGCACAGUGACAUGAGAGGCAUCUUGUUUGAACCUUUUCGUUUUGCAUAGAUUCUUUACAGAUAAA